GGCAGGACUGAGGCUCUCUCCUGACCCCAGACCCAGACUCUCUGCUCUGUGGAGGCUGCUCACGUGCUGGGGGACUCAGGAGGCUGCUUGCUACCCAGGCACCCGCCAGCUGAGCUCUGUCUCCACCUAAGUUUUUCUGUUACUUGUUUCAGAAUACGGGAGUCUACACGCUGUGGAGUUCAAGAUGGUCCUGAGUGGGGCGCUGUGUUUCCGAAUGAAGGAUUCAGCUUUGAAGGUGCUCUAUCUGCAUGAAAACCAGCUUCUAGCUGGAGGGCUGCAUGCAGGGAAGAUCAUUAAAGGUGAGGAGAUCAGCGUUGUCCCCAAUCGGUGGCUGGAUGCCAGGCUAUCUCCAGUCAUCCUGGGCAUCCAGGGAGGGAGCAAAUGCCUGUCGUGUGGGACGGGGCAGGAACCGACUCUGAAGCUAGAGCCAGUGAACAUCAUGGAGCUCUACUUUGGUGCCAAGGAAUCCAAGAACUUCACCUUCUACCGGCGGGACAUGGGGCUCACCUCCCGUUUUGAGUCAGCCGCCUACCCAGGCUGGUUCCUCUGCACCAUGCCUGAAGUGGACCAGCCUGUCCAGCUCACCCAGCUUCAGGAGGACACUGGCUCAGAUGCCCCCAUCACGGACUUCUACUUCCAGCAGUGUGACUAGGGCGACGUGCCCACCAGAGCUCCCUGGGCAGAGCCAGCUCAGGAAGAGGGCAGGGAUGGAGGAAGAGACUUGUGGAGGGUGACCGCCCCCUCUGCUCUUGGGGCCCCCACCUCUGACUUACUGGUGGCCACUCUCUCUCUUCUUCUGGUUCCCAGUUUGGAUAAAUUAUUUUGAGAUUUGGGGCUCAAUCCAGUUUCCUUCCCCAUUGGUUGGUGCCACUGGUGUGGACUGUUGUAAAAAACCACAUGGGAUAAACUGGGAGUAACAUAAAAAAAUUCCCAUGGGGGUGGAGUGGGGGAGUAGGAAUCAUUCAUGCUUGAUGGUAACUGACCCAGUGCCCUGGCCCCACAGGCCUGCCUGUCCCCAACUGAGCACUAUAGGGCCACCAGCUCCCCACAUGAGGUCCUGACAUUCACCUCUGUGCCAGAGAGGGAGGUGGUCAUGGAUCAGGGACCUCAGGUCCUCGGCCCAGCCUGCACCCCCUUCCUUUGAAUCCUGCCACCACCACAUGCUCCUUUGCCAUCUCUACCCUUGACCUCUAGUUGAGGGAAUGAGAAUGUGGAGGUGUCAGAGGAGAUGGUGCCACCUCAGAAGACAGAAGAUGGCAGGGCAUGCCACUCCUUGUAGAAACCCAAGGUACAGUUCAAAUUCCAGAUGCUGGUCUCUAUUUACAUGGAAAGAUGCUCAUGGAGUAUUAAGUGAGAAGAGCAAUUUACAAAGUAGCAUACCUUGUAAUUUUACUUUUUUUUUUUUUUAAAAAAAAACCUGUCUAUAUAUUUAGAGAGAUCUGAAAGAGUUUACUUCAAUUUUAGGAAUGUCAGGGUGGUGGC